GCCAUGCAAUAAUUCAGCAUGCUUUUGUCGGGGGCCAAUUUGCAGCCCUCAGAUCGACGAGUGUCGCAACCUUGUUGCCAUGAACCUCAUCUCCACGUGUUGGAGCCAACGCCAAAGCGGUCCUUUCUCGGCGAUGUUGCUCCUCCCCAGUCCCCUUCGCUCUCCGACCGGGACACUGUCCCCCUUGGCCUGACCCCCGUACACCCGCGUGUCUGCCACGAGAGAAACGGAAGGAGUAGGAGCAGUAUAUACAGGACGAGGGCGAAUGAGCUUCGGGCGUCGGUGGGUUCGUGGAAUGGGCGAAGAAUGCACCAAAAACGGACUCCGAAAUUGUAUGGUUGACUGGGGCGGAGUCCGCCCUCGAUGCGGCACACACACCAUUGGAUCUCGGGAUCAGGCCUUCCCCCUGGAUGUCUUGCUACAUGGUUAUUCAGUCAUCUUGGGGCUCCAGCUGAGGCUGAGAAAUGAUAAGAGAGAGAUACACAAGCGUCGCGAUAGUCGCCACAAAAUCACUCAAUUAUUGUUGCGGGAGAGACAGAUUUAGAUACGAUAUACGACCAAGACCCAUCCAUCUGUGCGACUACUCGUACUACUUGGGCCAUGAUGUUCGUUGUGCCCCCUUU